UAGCUACGUGUGUCCAGGGAGAAGAGAUAAUUAUGGGAAGGUUGGCACAAGUUUAGCAUCUCUUCUGUACAAUAUUUAGCUGUUUUACUUGAUUGCAGAAGAGCGCCCGUGACAACUGGAAAACGAAGAAAUCCGGCAUCCCGUCCAGAGUGCUGGACAAAGCUGUUGAGGGGGAAAAAGUUAGUAGACAUUUCUCGAAAUGUGCUCUCUCAACGUGACAUCUACACAAAAUACACUGUGGUGCAUGCACUGGCAUCUAGCAAGUAUCAAAAAAUCGUUCUGCAAGAAGAAUUCACGUUUCUUGCUCAGAACAACCUCAUGGGGAAAUUGCUGGCAAAGGAUAGAGAUGGGGAUAUGCCGUUGCAAAGUGCAGUUUAUAGCGGGGCCGACCCUGAAACGAUCGAUUUUAUUCUGAAUUUCAACCAUGACGCUAGAAAGAAAAUGCUUGAAAAUCGCAACAAAUACGCCGAAACCGCCCUUGAGUGGUGCCUUAGCCAGGAGCUCGUUGACAUUUUCAGGCUUCUUUUGGAGCACAGCAUUAAGUGCAGGGCUCUAGAAGACCUUACUAGCACCAGAAAAGGCAACGUACAGUGCUCAACUCUGCUGCAUCAGUGCAUUGAGGGAAGGCAUGUUAAAAUCUUGCGUACGUACAUGGAAGUAUGCAUAAAAGAAGAAGCAAAAAUAAGCCUUUGUCCUGUUGACGAGAAAGGACGCACGCCUUGGAAUUAUCUUAUAUGCUACAAAGAAGACGAAAUCGAGAUAUUUAAGGAAAUUAUUUUAAUCCUACAAAAGCACAAAAUUAAUUUGAGCUCUCUCCAUGUCAACAAGUGCAGCAAGGAAACCAUGCUGCAUAUGGCCUAUCGCCUCAACAGGCCACAGUUUAUCGCUUGUCUUGAGGAAACAUGUGGGUCAACCGUUGACCAGUUCAACCGCAAGCCACAGCAGAGAGAUCGAAGGCUCACAAAGGGACGACCUUUACCCCAGCACCCCCAACCCAAGAUACAACAGCGUGCUCAGCCUCCCCAAGUGCAUGCUCUGCGCAAGCCAAAAGCCAGUCGUACACACAAACCGACAUCUUAUCCCCAAGCCGGUGUUGUGCACAAGCCAAUGUCUCCCCAAGCCAGCAUCGCACGCGAAACCCGAGCUUCACACGAACAAAUGCGUCAGCAACAAGCCACUCUUUUCGCGGAGCCAACGUUACAUCCCCAAGCCAGCAUUGCGCAUGAACCCCAACCUUCACACCAGUCAGCGCAUCAGCCACAAUCGCGCGAGCCGACAUCGCUUCCCCAAGCCAGUGUAGCGCAUGAACACCGAUCUCCUAAACCUUCACACAAGCAAACCCAUCAGCUACAAGCAGGUGUUGUGCACAACAAGCACAAGUCUUCCAAAGCCCAUCCUGCACAGAAAGCUUCAUGGCCACAACACAGUGCUGUCCAAAAGGUGAGGUGUGCCAGCGUUGAACAAGGAACCAAAUCGCCUAAAGCUCGUGCUUCGCUCCAACCACCACCUUCCCAAGUUGGUGUUGCAUCCCACCCCGCAAUCCAACCACCCUUCCAAAACUGGUGUGCACUGGGCAAGGCCAACAGAAGCUAAUAUUGUGCACGAGCCCCAAGCAAGUCUUGCGCGCAACCCACUCCAAGCAAAUAAUGCGCACCAGCUCCAGUCCUCUCAAGCCAGUACUGUGCAACUUCAACAUACAUAUCAACGUCACUCCCAACAGCCUGCGCAGUUCCCGAAUCCACAGCUAUCACAAGCUAGAGACGCAUCACGUGAAAUCGAGUCAGUUCCCCACAACCGAACACCACAGCCCCAAUCUUUUCAACCGCCUGAUGGCUCUUCCAGUGACCAAGAAAUGGCCAUUGAAAUGGUGGAAGAUAACCAGCCACACAAUGAACCCAUCCACUGUGUUACUGGUGUUGAACAGCAACCAGUCGCCAUUGUUUCACAAGCAGUCCAUUCACACAUUCCAGGGCCAGUCAAUCAGCCACAUAAGAACAACACAGUGACAAUACCAUUUCAGUCACUGUGGUCUGCAAGUGAUCCUAAUUAACACCGUACCUCUUCACCCAAUAUUCAUUAUACACUUCAUUUUCAUUUGCCGAUCUCCACACAAUCCUUUCACCAUUUAAUCUCACUUUUUAAGACGUAUAUAUACAUCAGUUUAUUAUUCAUGGAAAAAAAAUUUUUUAUCAACAUUUUUGACAUUGAUAAUACAUGACGUGUUUUGUACAACCACUUUGUUUGUUGUAAACCACUAUUUAAUUGUAAACUGUCUAGCGAAGUAAAAAAGUUUUUGCCAUUAUUAUUAUUUUUACAGAUUACAGGCCAGGUGGGAGUCUCACAUCCACUUAUCGAACCUCCUCGAACCUUCUUGAACAACUUCAGUGCGGAGAACACAAAGUGUGUCUAGGGGUUAUUCACAUGAGUUUUGUGUGGUUCGGCUGUACACAACCUUCUCUAUGAACCGAAGGUCGCUAACAGAAAGGCGGACCACAA